UCUGUCCUUGUAUGAUGGCGGACGAAAAUUUCCACUGGAGAAACCGCAACGCAUAGCCUACCCUGAAUACGGAAAAAAAUGAAAAAAUAAAACUAAUAAACCGAGCCCGGACGGACUGUAGCCUACACCUUCGUCAAAACAAUCGGGCUCAUUCCGGAAGAUGUCAAGGUUGCAAGCUCGGAAAUAAAGCCGUUUUAAUUUUGAUCAUUUGAGAAUGAAUACCGGUAACUCAUUUGAUUUCAAAGCGUUAUUUGUACAGUCACCUCUUGUGGAUGAGGAGGAUUUUGGAGCUCGAGCAAGCCUACUCGCAUGAGCUGCAUCAUUUUGGGAGCCCUAGGAACGCUGGCCCUGAGUAGUAGGAGUCAUGAGUGCUCAGGAGGUGCCUACCAAUCCUGCGCAGGAGCAGGUUGACACGGGGGAUGGAGUCCCAGAUGGCCCCACCGCUACCCCGACGACCGCCACCCUCGCUGUCCCGGUCACAAUAAAGAAGGAGCCUGGCACGCAGGGGGCCAGUAAUGGGAAAGAUGUGCCUGCCGAGAUCUGCGUGGUCCUCGGUGGAGGAGGAAAGUCUCGCAAUGACCAGACCCAGGGCUCCUAUGUUUGUGGGAUAUGUGGGAAGAAAUAUAAGUACUACAACUGCUUUCAGACGCACGUCCGUGCCCACAGAGAGUCCGAUAGCAUGCCAGGGGAGGGUGCACCACCAGCUCCCAACAAUAGCUUCCGCUACUCCUGUGACAUCUGCGGGAAGAAAUACAAGUACUACAGCUGCUUCCAGGAGCAUCGUGACCUGCAUGCUGUUGACGACCCAUAUGAGCAGGUGGUUCUAGGACCUGUUGAAGACCUCAAGGAGGAGCCGCCAGUGGAACCAUUCCAGAAGAUGGGACCAAAAACUGGGAGCUACGUGUGUGAGUUCUGUGGGAAGCAGUACAAGUACUUCAACCCAUACCAGGAACAUGUGGCUCUUCACCAACCAACGAAUUGGUCCUUCGAUAAUAUGAAGUCGCCUCGGUCACGUGGAAGUGUGGGUGGAAACAUGGACGUCAGCAAGUACAGUGCCACUAAAUUAGAAACCGACAGUCCCUUCAGUCGGAAAAUAGAGAGCAAAACCCAGUCCAGCUUGGUGGACACCAACAGUUCCCAGAACUCAAGCGGUACUCCAAGCCCCCUGGUGACCGGUUCGUUCCCUGCAUCACAGAAACCCUACACAUGUGGCGCCUGUGGCAUCCCGUUCCAGUUCUACAACAACCUGCUGGAGCACAUGCAGUCCCACGCUGCGGAUAAUGAAAAGCAUACCAAAGGGGAGUCUCCAAAGACAUCACCAGGCCCAGCCUCACAGGACCAGUUAUGGAGGUCCCCCCAGCCCCAGCAUCAGGCCCAAGCUCAAAUAGUUCAAGUCCAGAUACAGGCUCAAUCCCAGGCUGCACAGAGAAAACACUCCAUCAACCAGAACAGUGGUGGGUUACCGGAGAAGGAAAGGCAACAGGUAGCCGAGCGUCUCCUGAGGGUGAUGUGUACAGACCUGGGCAUGCUCAACAUGCUCAACAGCAAGGACUUCCUGAAGCUAGCCCAGACCCUGGUGGACACGGGUGCCCGCCACGGUGCCUACUCCACCCGCGACGCCCUGGGCAACAUGAGCUCUCUGGCCCUACGCCAGCUUCGCAUGUACAACCAGGUCAAGGUGAAGGUGACUUGCGCCCUGGGUUCCAACUCCUACCUGGGCAUUGCCGUCACCUGCCACUCCCAGACAGUGGGACCUGAUGCCUGCCUAGUGCUGACAGCCUACCAGGUGGAGGGGUCCAGGCUCAAGCGCUAUGUUUUAGGCGUCAAGGAGGCAGACCUGAGGGAGGCGCCAGAGCAGGUGCACCAGUGGACACAGAACGUGCUGUCGGAGUUCGUCAUGUCAGACAUCCGCACGGUGUACGUGACUGAGCCGCGGGUGGGGGUGGGGGGCUUGCCGCUGGGUGGAGGCGGGCGGAGGAGGGUGUGCCUGCGGUGUGCCGGGUGCUCGUUGAGUGCUGUGGUUCAAGCGGUGCUGGGGAAGCACAGCUUGCAGGCAAGGGGGCUCCACGAGCUGGCUGAGCUGUUGGCUGCCUGCCACGACAUCGCCGCCUCCACCAGCCUCUUGUCCACCAGCGCCGCCACGGAUGAGGGCAUGUCUAACCCCUCCACUCCCCCUGGGCUCAGCCCCACUCCUCCCUGCUGGGACCGCAUGGCUGAGGCCCUCCUUCAGGUGCACUCCCACUUUGAGCAGAUCUUGGAGGCGUAUGGGAGGAGCAAGGCCACGGCUUCCACACUGCAGGGCCUCAACAAGCACCUUCUAGGGACAAUGACCUGCCUGUUGGCCCCUCUGCGCCUGGCCGCCCUGGAACUCAGCAGCCAGAGGAGGCCAACCCUACAACAGGUGCUACCUGUCUACCUGCGCUUGGAGAAACUGUUCACCUCCAAGGCUGGGGAAGUGGGGACCUCCAGCAAGCUCUGCCAUUACUUUCUGGAAGCUCUUAAGGAGAACUUCAAGGUGGAGAAAGCCCACCAGGUAGCCAUGGUGCUGGACCCCCAGCUGAAGCUGCGUCCUGUCCCAGCCUACCAGCAAGAGGAGAUCAUCGCCCACGCCUGCGAGAUGGCCACAGACGCCCGCGACGGUGGGGGGUCCGGAGGUGAGGAUGUGGAUGGACCCUCAACACUCAAACGGCUCCGCGUGGACGUCCCCAGGGGCGGGGUGAAUGCCAGAGGGGUAGUAGCCGUGUCGUCGGGUGAGGCGUCGUCAGAUGAAUGCCAGACCCAGGUGAGACAGGAGGUGUUCCAGUAUCUGGCUGAACCGCUCCUCCAGGGUACCAACCCAGACCUCUUCCACUACUGGAGCACCACUGUGGGUGACCGCUACCCCAGACUGGCACGCCUGGCACUGUGGCUGCUGGCCGUGCCCGCUGUGGGUGUCCGCAGCGAGUGUGUGAGCGUCUGCGAACAGAGCUUGGCCAUGAAGAGGAGGCAGCAGGUCACCGCCGAGGAGAUGAACAAACUCAUCUUCCUGCGCUCCAACAUGGCCUGAAUGUUACGGUCCGACCAAUAAGGCUGACCGAACCACGACCAUAGCUCGACUGUCCUAGACCGACCCAUCAACGACUACACAGACUUUCUACAGCGGGAUAGCGGUACCCAUAGUGCGAUCUUCUCAAGAUGCUGAUCAAACUGUGGUUAGUGCCAAAUGCAACAAAGAACAAAUGUAUUAUCAGGGGUUGAAUUGCUUUUAAAAUUGAUAGGAUAAAUGACAAGGAUAGUAAGUAAGGGGUGUUGCGUCUGGUGCUAGCUAGUAACCGCUGUUAUUCUUUGGCCCUUAAAGAUCUUGCUUUCACUGAAUCACUUCUGACCCUUAUGUGUCAAAGUCAAUUUCAUGCCUUUACUAUGUUAUCAAACUGCCGUCUUUUUACCAUUUCUUCAAUGGCUUGUAGUUGUCUGGCUUUAGUAGCCCUUUGAAAGACUAAAGGAGGAAGAUUGGCCUUCGGUGGUUGUGUAUGGCCUGGCAUCACAUCCGUUCUGGACAAUGGUGCCAUUGGAGUGAUCUGUUACUGAGUGACUAUACUGAAUGACUUGAUGGUUGGGGUGGGUGUGAUUAGGAACUCGUCGGCCUGAUUGCUAUAUAUAUUUUAGUAAUAAUAAAUUCAAUAUAAAGAGGAAAAGAGAACUUAAAUGAAGUGGGUUUCCAUCCAACUCCCCACACCUGGAAACCAUGUUUCCAUCCAACUCUCCACACCUGGAAACCAUGUUUCCAUCCAACUCCCCACACCUGGAAACCAUGUUUCCAUCCAACUCUCCACACCUGGAAACCAUGUUUCCAUCCAACUCUCCACACCUGGAAACCAUGUUUCCAUCCAACUCCCCACACCUGGAAACCAUGUUUCCAUCCAACUCCCCACACCUGGAAACCAUGUUUCCAUCCAACUCCCCACACCUGGAAACCAUGUUUCCCCACCCCCCUAGAAACUAGGUUUGCUCGUCAGUCAGCACUCCCCCCUCCAGGUGACCAGAGGUGUCGAAAGCAUUCCAAAAUGCACUCUAAUGCUUUCCACAGUUGUGAAGUUGGCUGGAUGUCCUCUGGAUGGUGGACCAUUCUUGAGACACACACAGGAAAAUGUUGAGCGUGAAUACAACAGCGUUGCACCUACUACCAUACCCCGUUCAAAGGCACUUCAUAAUGUUGUCUUGCCCAUUCGCCCUCUGAAUGGCACACAUAGACAAUCUAUACAAUUUAUUGUAAUUUAUUAUUUUGUAUAUGUGUUGGGCUUUAUACAUUUUAUUUGUAUGUAUUAGGCUUUAGCUAAGAUUAUUCUUUAGAGUCAAGUAUAUUUGUCCAGGCCUCAAUUGUUCCUUGAUUAGCACCAUUCAUUCUCGCUGUGGAUAAUUCUGAUAUUAGAGCUUCUAACAGUAACUGUAUCCACUGGAGAAUUGGGAGAGAGUGAGGUGAUUGCCAUCUAAGACACAACAGCUUUUUUUUUGUGGCAAUGCUGCCUGCCAGCAGUUAAUCAUCUCUUAUUGAGAGGUUCAAGGAGCUAUCGUUGUUAAGUAACAUAAUAGAUGCAAAGCAUUGAAUAUUUACAUUGAUGCACAUUUAACUGCAGGGCACUCCCACAUAAUUUGAAAAAUGUGCCUACCUGAUUUAGGGGACACAGUGAACAGUUGGGAGUUGGGGCCAAUUUGAUCAUAAAACGCAUCCUUGGUGAUAAAUACAGUCUGUGAACAAACUUUAAAUGAAUGGUUUGUGUAGGUCAUAUUUUUCCAUGUUCUGCUCGUUAGUCAGAUUCAAUUAGAUCAGUCGAACAAUCCUUUUUUUUAAUGGCUAGCUCAGAAUGAGCUUUCCAAGUUGUUUAUAUAUUAUAGAGAUCAGUCCUUUCCAGAGCCCAGAUAAUUUAUUUAUAAGUCCCAUCAUUGGAUGGUUCGGUAGUUGGGUUUCCCAAGGGACUUCUUACGCCAGCAUAGCUGACGUAAAAAUUUUUUUUUAAAUGUACAAAAGAAAAUAUUUGCCUGGUAAUGUGUAUAUCUCAAAUCUUGGAAUAUUCUCAAACCAUUUCUGUCCAUGAUACCGGUAAAGGUACGGAUUCCAAAUUUGGACCAUUGGGGAGGAUGCAAAAGGCUGCCCUACAGAUCGCAAGGCAUUCUUGUGAUAUAUUGGAGCGUGCCAUUUUGAUUCCUAGUUGCGUUGUUUAACAACUGGCGCAAAAUAGAAAUUGUGUGAGCUAUAAUGGGACCAAAGCAUACUUGACAUUGUUUAAGGGGUAUAUCUGUGAAGACCACCUCUUCCAUGGCAAUAGGAGACAAUAUUUCUCUCUAUUCAGCCAAGGGGAAAAAUAAUCAUGUCUAAAACAAUUUAGGAUGGGUUGAAAUGCUAGUGCCUGGAAAUACUAUUUAAAGUUUGAUAGGGAUAGUCCUUACGUCUUUCCCUCGUUGUGAUUUUGUUCAGUUUAGAGAGAUGUCUGGUCUAUCAAAAGCUUUUCCUGCAUGGAGAGAGAAUACAGCCCAAGGAGCAUCUAAGAUAUGUCAUAGUCGAGGGAGGUUAUCCAAGGAUAAAUGUUUUUAAACAAACCCAUGUGGGCCAAUUUGGGUAAAUCUCGAGAUGGGACGACAGCAUCUUGGAAAAAACUUUUAAUAUUUAUGUUUAUAAAAGAUAGGAAGAACACUGGCAGGCAUCCUUACCUUUUUUUUAAACUUAAAGUGAAAUUAGUGCUGUAUUCACAUCUCUCCCAAAUGAACCUUUGUGAACAGCUGUGUUAAUCAUUUCGAGCAGUAGUGGACCUAAUAGACCUCAGGAGGAAUACCCUCCCAUCCAGGUGAUCAUGCUAGCCUCAAUGUCCUUUUGAGUUUACUGAAAGACAUUUGGGCUCCCAGUGAGGUGGCUUCCUCUGAUAGAAGAGGUGUUCUUAAUUAUUUUAGAAAGGACUUAGUCUGGGUUGGUGUGGAUUUAUAAUCCGAGGUAUACAGUUCUUUAUAGAAGUGGGAAAAUAUUUGAUUCAUUUGGGUUCUGAUGGUAAUUCCCGUGUUUCAGAUUCAAUAGUCGCUAUGUCAGCUAAUUGAUCAUUAGUCCAUAGCUUGUUGGCCAGUAAACGACUGGGACGAAUACCAUGAAAGUAAUGGUUGAGUCUAACUCGAGGGAUGGCAAAUUCUGCUCUCUGUCUUAUCAGUAAAUUAAAUUCUCUUGACAUUGGAAAGAGUAAUAGCUACCUGGUCUGAAAAUAGUGUUUGUUGAGAACUCACUAACGCAGUUAACAUUUCCAAUUUUGAUAUCUUAUUUAAUUAUAGACAUGCAAGACAAGCACAAUGAGACCAAGUCUCUCCAGCAUAUACUCUGAUUACAACCUCAUUGAUGCCUGGCGAGCAAAUAAUCCUAAAGCAGAGGAGUACACUUUCCACUUAAACAGGCAUAAUACGUUCUUCUGUCCCGAUAACAACAUGGAAACCAGUUCAUUCUAACAAUAUGUUCAGAGAAUCAAAAAACUUAGGAUCAUAUGAAUUUGGAGGAUACACAUUAAGGCAUUUUUCUUUCCGUUAUGGACACAUUUAAGGAAAGUGAUUCUGCCUUCUUGGUCUUCGCCUUUACCCAAUAUUAUAAUUACACCUUUUAGUUUUGUUUGGGGCUGAUGAAAAAGCAGUCAUUUUUUACAAAUUCUCUUUUCUAUGUAUGUCCUUUAUGAGCAGAUGUGUUUCUUUGAACUUUGCUAUAUUAAUAUGGUUUCUUGCUAGGAUAUCAAGACAGCAGGAACGUUUAAUAGAAGUAUUAAGGCCCUUCAAAUUCCCAGAGAGAACAGCUAGUGUGGACAUUGAAGAAGAAAACAAAAAGAAAUCAUAAUGUAUUAUUAAUGGAUGUCAUUUGUUUAAAUUAUUUAAUUUUUUGGUUUCUUUCCUUUCUUUCCUUGUCUUUUAUUUAAUUUGUUCAAUCGUGGGCAUGUAAUACCAUUGACAGCCGUUACAAAUAGCCAUCCCACAUUAGGGAAGUGGGAGCUAAAGAUUCAUGGUCCCCCAGACUAACCGCCACACCUCCCCCAGAACACCCCACUACCUCGGUGUGGUGGACACAUUGUCAUAUAACUGGCUAUCAGGAGCACAUUUCAUUUGUCUAUGAAAUCAGGCCCAACCCUCUUGAUGUGUUAUUUGGUCCAACUUCUCAGUAAAAUCUUGACCUCCCACUUUCUUUUGCAAUAAAUCAUCCCAGUGUAUAAUAUUGUUUGACAGUUAUUUUGAAAGAAUCUAAUACUAACAUAUCGGUUUUGAGUUUAAAAAAUGAAAACUUUCCCCAGCAGAAUCAAGAGAUUCUUUAUCGUGUUGCAUCUCUCCCUUAAGUCUCUCCCUUAAAGUCACAAUUUAACUCUCUGUGGAGAAAUAACACAAUAGUAUAAAACAUAGUUGGAAACUAUGGCCCAAUGCCAGAAAAUAUGUAACAAAUCCUCCACAUCCACACCAAGAAAUUUGCACAAAUGGGAUUGUUCAAUGCCCCAUAUUUGAAACAUCUUGUAGCCAGAAAUGUGUACAAGAUCUUCAACUGAAACAUUCGGAUUGUGAAGAUUGUUUUAUACUGAACAAAAAUAUUAACCAACAUGCAACAAUUUUAAGUUACAGUUCAUAUAAGGAAAUCAGUCAAUUGAAAUACAUUCAUUAGGCCCUAAUCUAUCGAUUAUUCAUGAAUGGGAAUACAGAUAUACAUCUGAUCACUGAUACCUUAAAAAAUAAAUAAAGUAGGGGCAUGGAUCAGAACCAGUCUGUAUCUGGUGUGACCAGAGCGCGACACAUCUCCUUCGCAUAGAGUUGAUCAGGCUGUUGAUUGUGGCCUGUGGAAUGUUGUCCCACUCCUCUUCAAUGGCUGUGUGAAGUUGCUGGAUAUUGGUGGGAACUGGAACACACUGUACUCAGUGGGUGACAUGUAUGGUGAGUAUGCAGGCCAGGGAAGAACUGGGACAUUUUCAGUGUCCAGGAAUUGUGUACAGAUCCUUGCGACAUGUGGCUGUGCAUUACCAUGCUGAAACAUAAGGUGAUGGCGGCUCAUGAAUGGCAUGAAAAUGGGCCUCAGGAUCUCAUCACGUUAUUUCUGUGCAUUCAAAUAGCUUUCGAUAAAAUGCAGUUUGUUGUCCGUAGCUUAUGCCUGCCCCUACAUAACCCCACCGCAAACAUGGGGCACUCUGUUCAUAAUGUUGACAUCAGCAUAUUGCUUGCCCACACAACGCUAUACACGUGGUUUGCGGUUGUGAGGCCAGUUGGACGCACUGACAAAUUCUCUAAAAUGACGUAGGUGGCUUAUGAUAGAUAAAUGAACAUCACAUUUUCUUUGCAACAGCUCUGGUGGGACAUUCUGUAGUCAGUCAAUUGCAUGCUCCCUCAAAACUUGAGACAUCUGUGGCAUUGUGUUUGACCAAACUGCACAUUUUAGUCGCCUUUUAUUGUCCCCAGCACAAUGUGCACCUGUGUAAUCAUCAUGCUGUUUAAUCAGCUUCUUGAUAUGCCACACCUGUCAGGUGGAUAGAUUCUCUUGGCAAAGGAGAAAUGCUCACUGAAAGGGAUGGAACACAUUUGUGCACAACAUUUGCAAGAAAUAAGCUUUUGGUGCGUAUGGAACAUUUUCUGUGAUCUUUUAUUUCAGCUCAUGAAACAUGGGACCAACACUUUACAUCUUGCGUGUAAUUUUGUUCAGUGAAUGGGAGUAUCAAACUGCUCUUCCCAGAAAGUGGAAUGGGAUGGCAACCAAUUUGUUGUUUUCCAAAUGAAAAUUAUACGUCUUUAUAGAUUUUAACUCUACUUAACCGUCGGUAGCUGUGUUUUCAUCCAAUUGGUGACAGAUUUUCAUGCAAUUAUAAAAAAACAUGCAUUAAAAGAAUAUGAGCAUUUUCCCACAAGUGGUGUGUCCACAAAACAGAUUUGUUCCAGAUAAAAAAUCAGUGUGUGAUGUUUUAUGCACAGAAAAUAUACUUUUUCACAUAAGUUUUUAUGUACAGAAUAAAACUCCAGUAGCAGUGCGUGGAUAAAAUCACUGGGGAAGCCAGACCCGCCAAACCUUAACACCCACCCGCUUAACCCGGAAGCCAGCUGCACCAAUGUGUAGGAGGAAACACCGUUCAACUGAUAACCGAGGUCAGCCUGUAGGCACCCUGCCCACCAUAAGGAGUCGCUAGAACACGAUGAGCAAAGUAAAGCUCUCACCGCCUAACCCGGACGACGCUGGGCCAAUUAUGCACCGCCCUAUGGGACACCCGGUCACGGCCGGUUGUGACACAGGCUGGGAUCGAACCCGGGUCUGUAGGGAUGCAGGUCCUUAGACUGCUGCGCCACUUGGGAGGCCCAAUCACUCACAAUUUAGUCCAAUCACUGUAAGCUAAAUAUAAUUUGGCUGUCCAUGGUUCUGAUUUAUGUGUGUGUGUGCACGUUCAUACAAGUAGAAAAAUAUGUUGACUCUCCCUAUUUGUUGAGAAACGCCAAUGCCAUCCUCCUCUCGUUAUUGUUGAUGAAACGGUCUAUCACUCUGUCAUACAGUACACACUACUUUUUUGUUGUCCUAGGCUACCUGGCUAAAAUGCUUGCUCGCUAGCCUAACUUCCAUUCUUGGGCAACGUUAGCUAGUUAACAUUAGCCUUCUACAUCUAGCUACAUAUUGAACUUCCAUCCUCUCGGGCCAAGGGCACAACAAUGAUUGAAUUAAUGGUUGGAUCAGAAUCACCAUUAUAAUCAUUGGCCAUUACCGAGAAUUAAAUCCACAAGUCCAAAUCUCGAUGUCCAUCAUGGCUAAUGUAGGAAAGGGCCAACUUUAGCUAGCUACUCUACAGUUUUGUCACACAAACUGUUGCAUUAAAUAGCAAAUGUGCCUACUCUGGUCUUGGCAUGUGCGAUCUAGCCAACAACUAUCAAAUACCGUGUGGGUAGGCUAGUCUACAUGAUGAGAUUAUUAUGGAUUAGAAUAUGUUUGUCAAACGGCAGUCAAGCAUCGAUCAUCAUGUUACCAGAAUCGGCACUUUCACCACCCUGUGAAGUUCAUCAUAAAUAAUUUAUUCUGUAGUUUAAUAAACUGUGUGGUUUCCCGAGUCAUUGAGGGAGGACCACACACCAUAUCAUCAUGUGACUCCAAAUGUACUUCGAUAUGAUGGUUGUUCUAUAAAUAUUUGAGCAUAAGGGCGUUUCCACUGCCAUUUCUCGCAAAAUACAUUUUACAGACACAGAAAGAUCCCACCAUGUCAAACAAACAAAUUAUCUGUCAGCAUUUAUGAAAUGGUACCGAAACUUCCUGUUUCCAUCAGUUGUCAGGAUGUUUGAUUUAUACGCUAUGACUUUACUCGCAUAAAAACUGGAUGGAAACAUGGUUUGUGAGAUUUAAUGAGGUCUACAAACAGGUUCUCUUCUCUUUUAACCCUUGUUGUUUUUAAAGACAGUCUCACUAUACCAAACUCCAUGUCUUUAUGUAUAAUAUGUCCGUUUCUGAUAUAUUAGUCUUUCUUAGUCUUCAUUUUGUCGUUUGUACUUUUUACAUCGAAUAUAGACCCAUGUAUUAAUUUAUCCAAAAGCAAAUAGUCCAAAGAAACUUACUGGUGUGGCAAUUAUGGUUUUAUGCUUUUAAUUCAUGCACUGAUUUUUCUUGUAGGGUAAAAAAAAUUGGCAUGGUUGAUCCAUCCCCGCACUUGAGUUUUGUCUGUCCUCCAUUCAGUGACACACUCCACUUUCUCAUUUAGGAGUUGUUUGUGAAAUCUAUUGUUGCCUUUGUGAAGCCUUGCACAAAUAAGUUGGAAUCCAACUGGCUAGCUAGACCAGUACUAUAUUGGAAAUGAGUGUCACACACACCUAGGUACACACAUGUUGUUAACAUGUCUAUUCAGUAUAGAUGGUUGACUUAACUUUCCUCUGUCCAUAGCAUCUGAGUUCUUUUUUUACCUCCAGAACUCAAGGACAUACAUUUAAGGCUAUGAUUUUGUCCGACAUGAUGAAUAUAAUGAAAUAAUAAGUGUAGGAUAUAGAUAAUGCCACUGAAAUUGAUUUCAUUUUUAAGUGGUAUUUUUUUUAGACAACCAUAGUCGAGGGAUUUAACCUGUAGAUCUUACAUAAGAAUUUCCAACAGUAAAUUCUCCUGGACAUGCAGUCGUUGAUUUGGUGAUCUCCAAUACUAUACACUUGCCUCGUACACUUUGUUGGUAGGAUGAGAAUUUAUAACAAAGAUAUGCAUGCAAUCAAUAUGAGAGGACUGAUCUAUUCUAUCGUGUAAGCCAGAGUGUUUAUUCUAAAACGGAAUCGUUUCAGGGGUCAGAAGUUGCUCAUAGGCAGUUGACCUCAGAUCAGUGUCUAGGGGCAACUUCAGCCUCCUUUCAAGGGGUGGCAGCAUGCGAAUACAAUAACUGUUUUACGUCAGUAGAGGGAGCAAGUGUUGCAGAAAUGAGGCGUACAGUUUGAUAACGCCAUACCUCUUUUUAUAAACUAGCAUUUCAAGGGUUUUGAUACACACAACUCAAAUACUGUUUCUUAUAAAGAACUGAAUUCAGAUGACAAAAAUAUAUAUAUUUUGCCGCUAACUAAUGGCUUCGCAGAAACGCAGGUCUUGUUUUUAUCCGGUGGGUAUAACAAGAUGCUAAUGUUCACUGUAAGUACAAGAUGGCUAACAAAUACUCUUUCCUUCUCCUUCAGAAAUUUAGACUAUUCUCAAUUCUAAUUGAGCAUCAAUGUUGUUUGUCUUGUUUUAUGGAAACAUGUCAUAUUGUUUGUACUUUUUAUACUCUGCUAGACUACAAUUAUUUUUAUUUUAACUUAUUUUAAUUCCACCAUAUUUGUCUUAUCGGUAGGCCUAAUUUAUACUUUUGUAGUGACUAUUUUGAUAUACUGCUGAUGAUAGGAUACAAAGUGUUUUGUUUCAGAAUGUCAGAAGUGACUGCACUGUAGAAUGUUCUGAAAUACUUUACCCACUGUAGUAUGUGCUGUGUGAAUAAACUGGCUGAAAUGAG